CUCCGGCUUCAAAUAGCCUAAAUUUGCAAAGCGUCGUGAUCCCCCAUCUGAGCUUCAGCCGUGGUCUGUGGAGGAGCCCGAGCUUGUUCUGGUCAUCAUGGUGGAGCAGUUUGUAGGAACCUGGACUCUAGUCUCCAGCGACAACUUUGAUGAGUACAUGAAGGCAGUGGGGAUGAGCUUUGCCACUCGCCAAAUGGGCAACUUGGCUAAACCUAAGCUAGUGAUCAGCCUUGCAGCUGAUGGGGUCAUCACGAUGAAGGCUGAGAGUACUCUGAAGACAGCAGAGGUCAAGUUUAAGCUGAAUGAAGAGGUGGAUGAGACGACAGCAGAUGGACGCAAAGCCAAGUCCAUCUUCACUCUGGAGAACGGUAAGCUCAUGCAGAAACAGUCCUGGGAUGGGAAGAUGACCACGCUGGAACGGGAGAUCCAAGAUGGGAAGCUCACUGCUAAAUGUGUCAUGGACGACGUGGUCGCUGUGAGGACGUACGAGAAAGCGGCAUAAGAAAAAUGCACUGAGCUGUUGAACAUGAAAAUAAAACUUGAACCAUGA